UACAGGAGGAUGUCUUCCACGCUACUUUGUGCGCUUAUUUUUCUGGCUUGUGCUUUGACAUUUAGCGGCGCUCAGACGAGCUGUAGAGGACGAUGCGGUGGCGAGUACUACAGGGGUUACAGAUGCCAGUGUGACUAUAACUGUCUGUCUUAUGGAGAGUGCUGCAACGACUAUGAAUCCCAGUGCACCACAAAAAACUCAUGUAAGGGGCGCUGUGGAGAAAACUUCAAACGAGGCCGGCUGUGUAGCUGUGACUCUGACUGCAUAACGUACAACCAGUGCUGUCCGGAUUACAAGAACCACUGCGAUGCACAAGAUCAAACUUUGAAAGAGGCAACAGACCAGCUUUCUACAUUCAGUGAGGGAAACGAUGAAGAUGACUCUUCAGUUCCUCCUGUCGGUCCAACAUCACAUCCACCAGAUGAUCCCACUGAUGAUGUGUCUGGCCCGAUCUUUCCCACUGAUGAAUUUUCUAAAACUGAACCUGAAGAUCUGGAGGCCAGUCCAGUCCCGGAGAUCAGCAGUGACUAUGAGCUCUCUACAGUUGACCCGCUGGGGGAGAUUUCUACCGAGGCCACCCCGACUACAGCGAGGACUCCUUCAGACAACGACGACCUCGUCAGCACCACUGCAGAGGCCCUGAGUGACAGCACGACAGCUGACCACAUUUCCAGCGAGCCAACAUCAACUUCAGUACCCUCAGUCGAGCCUAGCUCUUCAACCAGCUCCCCACAGCUGGACACGCAGACACCAGCAGUGGCUAUUAUGGAUGCUGUCUUUCCCUCUGAUGAACCAGAUGACUCACUGCUCACCAUCACCCCUGCCUCCACAACCAUCCCAGAGGAACCCACUUCAAACCACCCUGAGGAUGUCACUGCAAACAACCCUUCAGUUCUUCCUUCCACCAGCGCUUCCUCAGUGGGAUCUGAGGAGAUAUCAAUGGUUGAAGCUGUGACCACCCACACUCCCUCACCCACAACUGCAGCGUGGAGUGAUGCCACAGACGAUCUGCUGACAGACACCUCCAAACCCACCGGGGCUCAAGAACCAGAACCGACUGCACCUGUGGAAAAACCAGAGCCAUACGAGCUAGACCCAGCUAAGCCCACUUCUGAACCUGAUACUAAGCCCCUGGAAACCCAGAAUAUAGACGAUACAGGAGAUUACCAAGCAGAUGACAGCAACGAUACAAACCUAUGCAGCGGGCGGCCCGUCAGUGGAGUCACCACACUGAGGAACGGCACAAUGGUGGUGUUCAGAGGUCACUACUUCUGGUUGCUGGAUGUUAACAGGGUGCCAGGUCCACCCAGAGGCAUCACACAGGUGUGGGGCGUCCCUUCACCCAUUGACACUGUGUUCACCCGCUGUAACUGCCAGGGCAAGACGUACAUUUUCAAGGGAAGUCAGUACUGGAGAUUUGAAAACGACGCCUUGGACCCCGGCUAUCCCAAAGUCAUUACAACAGGGUUCGACGGGCUGCGGGGCCACAUCACGGCCGCCCUGUCGGUGCCCCAGUACAAGAGGAGGGCAGAGUCAGUCUACUUCUUCAAGAGAGGUGGAAUGGUUCAGAAGUAUUCAUACCAGGCUGGUGUCAGGCCGACAUGUGGCAAGAAAGUCCAGUAUGCCAUUUACACCGUCCGCAACAGAGUAGUUCGACAAGCAGCCCCCGUUUUAGGACCGGACAUCAACAUUCGGACAUCCUGGAGAGGCUUCCCGCCCGCCAUCACAGCCGCCGUGUCUGUGCCCACAACCGCCGAACCAGAGGGCUACAAAUACUUUGUCUUCUCAGGACCAAAAUCCUACAACGUGAGGUUGGAUGGUGAACGCCCCGUCAUCGCUCCUCCUACGGCCAGCUCAUCACCUCAGUCCAACAACUUCAUCAGAUGUUUACAGUAAAACAACAACAAAAAUGUUUUCACUUUG